AUGUCUUUGAGGGAACGUGAAUGGUUGUUGAAUGCUGAAAACCAGCAGCCCAUCGCAAACACCUCUACCCCACCAGAUGCACACGACUUUGCUUCCUGCACCAUAGAUGUCGACACUAUGUUGCCUCCUCCUGGGGAAGAAGGGUUCUCACUUAAGCAAAUCACGACUGGAUGCCCAAGACGUCUUGACUUGCGUGAUCGCAGUGGUCGCAUAGCCCAGCAGCUUGCUGAUUGGUCUACUCAAUAUGACGACCUUACAGAUGCACUUCUAAACUACCGUCACCAUCACACCCAUCAAACUAUGUCAUCUCCUGCCACUAGUGAUAGCUCAUUCUCAAUUGAGGUGGUUGAUAUUUUUGAUCGCACUACCCGCACUUUUAAUCAUGUCUCGCCUUUCAUCAAUGCUACCUUACUCCAAUAUGGCUGCAUUGGCAGUUCUCCCCUUCGUCCUACAAUUGCUAUCACGAUUCGCACCCUCGAUGUCUUCCGCCAGACCCACCGUGUGUGCCCGCGUUACAGCAUUAAUGCAGAAGCAAAAAAGCUUGCUUUUCUUCACAACGUGUGUUAUCGGCGGCACCUUGCUGAACAGCUACGAGUUGCCUAUGAUGUUUACCUUGAACUUGAGAGGCGUGUUGAAAGCCGUCUUCAAGCUGCCCUCGGUCACAAUACGCCAAAUUGGCGCAUGCUCAAUUCAUGUCCUGCAUGUCAGUACAAGGUAGUGGGUGAACCACCUCUUGAGUAUUUGGUUCUAUGCGCCCUUGACGGUAAUAACUCUGCAAAGCUCAUCGACCCAGCCAUACAUGGUGGCAAUGAAUGCUUUGACCCGAGAUGUGGCUUAUCUUCAAUUUGGCUCACUGAAACCUAUGUAGAUCAAUUCAAGGACGAGGUUCAACGUUCGCGCCACAUGCAGGACCAACGUGUCUUGUGUGAUCCAGAUGACCCUUGGAUAGAUGAACCCGACUCUGGAGACUCUUCGGAACCGAGCACUGUCUGUGUCGAUCGCUGGCGAAAUGCUGCACCUGAGUCUCAUAAAAAGAUGUUCGCCAUCUUCAAGAGAUCUGGCAUCUUUAUUACUGUGUGUCAGCAUGGUUUUUUGCUCACAAUAUGUGAUAUGGUACGAAGUGGGGAACUGAUGAAAUAUCCGAUUGCCAGCAUCAGGAAACUCAUGGAUGUUUUCGGCAGUAAUAUCCUCUACAGCUAUGACAUCAAGUGCGCCUUUGAAAAAAUCAUUAUGUGGAGCUCACUAGCAAAUGAUGCCAAGCGACUAAACCUUCAGGGAGUAGUUCCUGCAUUUCACGGACAUGCUCACAACCACCUGUGUCAAGUGGAACACCACUCAAAGUACAGAGUUGGCGCUGGCAAGGAGGACUUUGAAACUUGCGAGCGAGUUUUUUCAGGUUCAAAUGCUCUCACUGGUGAGAUUCACAAUGCCUCAGACUUCCACCGGCAUCAAGCACUUGAUGAGUAUUUUUGCUUCCAAGACAUGGACCAAUAUGCCGCACUAUCGGAUUUCAUCUAUCAAAAUUACGUUCAAGCGCUAAACCUCAUCUCGACAACAACAAGUUUCUUGAUCAAUUUCCGAGCUUCACAUCCUGAGGCCACCACACCCUUCGAAGAUGACCUUCAAGAUGAACUUUCAUAUCUCAAACACUAUGUCAAAGCUUUGAACAAAUACGAGGAGGCCCAGGAUAAUUAUGAGGUGUCACGUGUGGAAUUCAGCAAGCUCGAUCUGUGCCCAAUUUUUUCAGCAAAAGAUACCGCAAAUAUACGCUGGCACCAUACUCACACUGCCACCAAACGUGAUCAGAAGCUUGAAGUUGUCAUGGAUUACAAACAGCAGAUGGCAUUGGAUGUGCGAUGGGGAAAAGACCACCCUGAGCAUUUGAAAGCACAAUCACGCAUCACGCACCAUCUAUAUCACAAGGCAGUUGAUGAUGUUGAGUAUUUGGUAGUUAUGCGUCUACUGGAGUUGACAAAAUUGCAGAUGAGUGGACUAGGCUAUAAACUGCGCACCCAAAUCUCAACUGUGCUAAAGAGUCGUGCAAAUGCCAUCCGCAAUGCUCUACAAAGGUACAAUAAGUAUGCUGCUCAACUGUACCCUCCUCGUCCCUUGAUGCAGUGGGAACAAAUUGUCGAAUACUCAUUUCUAGCUGAAUUCGACUUACUCCGCGAAUUGGACGGCACAAUUCAAGCUAAACAUUGGGCAAAUCCUGCAUACCGGCAUGCCUCUACUCAAUACUUCGAGCAACAGCGUGCUAAUGAGGAAAUUCAUCAGCUUAACGUCGAAGUGGGACAUUUACUUACAAAAAUUCGUGACCAAGCCAUUGACUAUCCUCUCGCCAUCUCCCGCCUUACAACGGAGAAUCCACCAUUGGCAUCAGAGUUGCACUGUCGUUGGGCACACCUGCGAGCCAUCAAUGCAUGCCACUUGUUGCGUAUCCACCAAAUUCAGUGCCUUCCAGGGUACACCGGGCCUAUGAGUGCUGGCAUGCACGAGGGUCGUGUUGUGCCUCCCCAGUCUCCACCUCUCGAAUAUUGCCCUACAUUGGAGGAGAAAAUAGAUGAGGGUGAGGGCCAUGACAAUGAUGAGGAUUUGGGACAGCAGCAACUCGAGCACAUACAUCACUAUAUUGAAGGACUUGAUCAUCAUCUCAUAGACUCAGAAGUAGCUGCAUAG